AGGACUCUUCUCUCUCCUAUUAUUUGAGUGGCUGCAGGUAUUGGUGUCUGCCUCUGUGCCAGAGGGAUAAAGAGAGAAAGACAGAGGACUAGUGCUUCAUAUCCCCCCUCUGGCCUCCCCAUCUCCCUGCUCCUUGUCACUCCAUCCUUCCUUCCCUCCCGGACCACCCGUCAGCAGCUUGAUCAACCCGCCUGGACCUUCCUCCCACAACCCCUUUGACUAUCCUCACUUCACCGUCCCGUCUUGUCAACAGUGUGCAGGAAUUUUUCAGUGCUUGAAGUGGAAGCUUGGAUUUGACACUGCAGUCAUAAACAAUCUUGGUUGGAAGAAAAGAAGAAAACUUUAAAUAUUUUUUAAAACAAACCUCUUUUACAGAGUUAAAGUGACGAGUUGCUAAGGUGAGUUACACUGGACAGACGAAAUUCUCUCAAGUAUUCUGGAAGUGUGACAGCGCGUGGUCACAUGACCUGGAAGGGAAAACCCAAGAGACCUCUGGGAUCCCUCUCUGAAUGGGCCGGUUAUCAACCUGGAAAGAAGUCUAAAGGCUGAUGAACUGAUCCGCACAGCGACACAGCUGCACUCUCUUGCCCUAUUCAUCUGUCCAAUCUCUCCAUAUGUCCUGAGAUCCGCAACUUUCUGCAACUCUGGUGACUGGUUGGCUGCUGUACCAUCAUUCUCGUUCUGCUCCUGGGAAUUUCCUGUCACGUGACCAUAUUCCUGCUUCACCUCCACUCCUAGAAUGGAACCCAACAAAGUCCAGUCAGAGGGCGGCCUGAAUGUGACCCUGACCAUCAGACUUCUCAUGCACGGCAAGGAAGUCGGAAGCAUCAUUGGGAAGAAAGGGGAAACUGUGAAGAAGAUGCGUGAAGAGAGCAGCGCUCGCAUCAACAUCUCAGAAGGAAACUGUCCUGAAAGGAUCGUCACCAUCACUGGACCUACAGAUGCCAUCUUCAAGGCCUUCGCUAUGAUCGCAUACAAGUUUGAAGAGGAUAUAAUCAACUCCAUGAGCAACAGCCCAGCCACCAGUAAGCCCCCUGUCACUUUGCGUCUUGUGGUGCCUGCCAGUCAAUGCGGCUCUCUUAUUGGCAAAGGAGGUUCGAAAAUCAAAGAGAUGAGAGAGUCCACAGGAGCUCAGGUGCAGGUAGCAGGGGACAUGCUUCCCAAUUCUACAGAGCGCGCUGUGACAAUCUCUGGCACCCCAGAAGCCAUCAUCCAGUGUGUCAAACAGAUAUGUGUGGUCAUGCUGGAGUCCCCACCGAAAGGUGCUACCAUUCCCUACCGCCCAAAGCCCGCCUCCACCCCCGUCAUUUUUUCAGGUGGCCAGGUAAGAGCCGACCCGCUGGCGGCGUCCGCAGCCAACCUCAGCCUUUUACUGCAGCACCAGCCACUGCCUGCCUACACAAUUCAGGGACAAUAUGCCAUUCCACACCCAGAUCAGUUGACCAAGCUCCACCAGUUGGCUAUGCAGCAAACCCCCUUUACCCCCCUCGGACAGACCACCCCUGCUUUCCCUGGUCUGGAUGCAAGUCCCCCGGCCAGUACUCAUGAACUCACCAUUCCCAAUGAUCUAAUAGGCUGCAUAAUCGGGCGCCAGGGAACCAAAAUCAACGAGAUCCGUCAGAUGUCUGGAGCGCAGAUCAAAAUCGCUAAUGCCAUGGAAGGGUCAUCAGAGCGCCAGAUCACCAUUACAGGAACCCCCGCCAACAUCAGCCUUGCCCAGUACCUCAUCAACGCAAGGUUCAGAGACGUGGCAGCCAUGUGGACUGACCCUUCAUCAAUGACAACAUCCUGAAGUCCCAAACUGCUUUCAUUAUCUGAAGCUACCAACAGCCGAUUCCCAAUAAACCUUACAUACAAUCCUCCCAUAGAACUCACCAACCCUAUACCCUUAAACCCCAUGGUCAACUUCAUCAGUAGUUACACACAUGUAGACAGAUUACUAAAAAAACAACAACAACAAAAAAACAAAAAAACAACAACAAACAAACAAUGAAACGCAGGAAACAUGUAGUAUGAUUUGUUCAUGUUAUGCAGUGUUUCAGUGUAGUGUUUUAGCAUGCUGAAUGCUUGAAUCUCGUUGUGUAUUUAUUUAUUAUUUAAAAUCGGUUAGAUUAGUUGAGUAUGGUUGCUGAAUAAGUCUUGUAGUUUGUCAGAAAAUCCUAAAAUUGUUUAAAAAGAUGCAAUAGAUUUAAAAGGAUUGCAUCUGAUUGCUUUUUAGCAAUGCUGUUGGCAAGGAGCUAGUGAUGCAAAUGUACAAGGAUGUUGUGACAAAGUACAAAAGAAUUGAGAUGUUGGACAUUUCUUUAGAGGUGGAAAAGAUUUUAUUUCACAUAUGACAAGAGCUUGAUUGUUUCCAGCUUGACAGAAUCUAAAGAAGUGCAUGAUUGUUAUGCAGGAACAUACUAAACAUGGAGAGCAACAAAGCGGAAAUCUUUAUUGUACAGUGUCAAAUGCUUUCAGAAUUAUUUUAUGUUUUCUAUUUUUUCUAUCUUUUCCUUAUCCUUCCCCUUUUCCCUCUUCCUUUAAUUAUUCUAGGCUGACGUCUGAGGUCACUGGAAUGGGCACUCUCUAAUUUCUUCCCAUGAUCCUUCACUGCAUCACAUGACCCUUGAGCCAAUGGCAUUGCACCUAGUUUCUUUAUUUAUCUGUACUAUGCUGUCCUGUAUUUUCAGAAAUAAUGACUCAUUUAUAUUCUAUAAUGUGCAAAUAUUUAAGAACUCCCUCCUACUUGACCUUUGUUGUGCUCCUGAUGAUCCUUAAUUAUCACCUGUUUCUUUUCAAGUACACUUUACGUUUUUUUGACUCUCUAGUACCUCCACUCACCGGUGUCCUGUUUUGCCAUAGCUUUCACUGUGAAUUCACCUUUUCUAUGUUUUCCAGUUCAUUUUCAAUGAUGUGGUCUGCACUGAUGUAAUAAGCCAAUCAAAUCAUACAUUUUUACAAUCUCUCAUUAAAGGGAUUGUUUAGCCAAUUGGAGCCAGUGACAGUUCUGUCGUCACUAACUCACCAUCAUGUUUUAAACUCAAAUGACUUUGUUUCGUGGAACACAAAAUGAGAUCAAUCACCAUUAACUUUAAUUGUAUGGAAAAAAAUGUGCAGUUACUGAGGCUAACAGUUUACCUAACAUUUUGCUUUGCGUUCCACGGAAAAAAAAAUAAAGUCAUACAGGUCUGAAAAAACAUGAGGGUGAGUAAAUGUCAUCAGAACUAUACCUUUAAAUCACAUUGAAUUUGUCAUUUUUAAGCAGCAGUCCUAUGCUUUAUUGAUUUUUUGAAAACACAGGUCUUUGCUUACCUCGUACCUCAAAACAGUGCUUCUCACACAUGAAUAAUGAAACAAAUUGAUGGAGUUGGAUUGUUUGCACCACGCCUGUAUGUUUUGUUUGCAUCUGUCAUUGUGGCAUGCUGAGUAACACAGCGAAUCCAUUAUUAGCCGCUUGUAUUCACUUUCACAACAUAAACGAUGAAAAAAAAUAAAUCAGAGCGAAAACAAAUUAAACCAGCUCACAGCUUUACUGCAUGCUGAGACAUUUAAAUUCAGCCCACAAUCUGAGUUUAUUUAAAUAAUUGAAUAUAUUACAGCAGAAUUAUUUUUAGAAUAUUUUUAUAAAUGUAUGUGUUUUUGCAGUAGUAUGGCAAAUAGGGGGGCUUUAUUCCUUUGGAAGUGAAUACAGAUUUGCUGAUAAUGAAAUCUGCCUUAUACGGUCUCUGUGGUAGCAUUCAGUGACAAUGUUUUUUUCACACUGCUCUCCAAUCUCUCACGAAAACCAUAUUAGUCAGUCAAACAGAAAAGACAUGCACUAGCAUUGCAUGCAUCAAAUGAGACUAAACGUUGUUCUCCACUGACAGCUUUUGAAACAUGCACACACAGUCGACACAGCUGCCAAGGGUGUAUUUCUGAUACAUGGCAAUACAACAGAAUGCUUUUAAAUUGUCCCAAGCCCACCUCAUCUGUAAGACAGGAUCAUUUGUAUCUUGGGAUCUGGAAUGUUCACGGGUUUAGGCCAGAAUUUAAAGGGACAGUUCCCCUAAAAAUGACAAUUCUGUUAUUAUUUACUCACCAUCAUGUUGUUCCAAACCUGUAUGACUUUCUUUAUUCAGUGGAACAUCAGAAGUUGUUGUUAUGCGCAUUGUAAAGCUCUAGGUAUACUUCCAUUUUGACGUGAACGCUCAGUGUCUGCGUACAGUUGAAUGCGAGCCUUUCAAAGUACACUCCAUAUAACUGACCAAUAAAGAUGUCUUUAUAUUCCUUCAGACUCGAGUUAUACAAAUGUAGGUACCUCCAGACCUCCUCACACAUGCUCUCUUGACUUGCACAUCCAUUGUUGUUGUUUUUACCUUCAUCUACUGAUGUUUAGGGGCGAUUACAUCUUCUAGUGUUUCUUUGUGACAACAAUGGCUGAAAAUGUAAGUGUAACCUUGUGGAACAUUAAUUAGUGCAAAUAACUCCAGGCACACGCGCAUUCUGCUUGUUCAAGGACGCGCAGUUAGGAAAAAUUUGGCUGCGCUCCUUCAGUGCUCACACUCUGCUGAUGACGAGAUUUGCGUCACGCAUCCUGACCGAAGUAUACUUUGGGCUUUAGCCUCAGUCACCAUUCACUUUCAUUUUAUGAAAAACAAAAAAGAUGCAACGAAAGUGAAUGGUGACUGUGGCUAACAAUCUGCCUGUAAUCUCUUUUCAUGUUCCACAGAAUAAAAGUAAAUCUUACAGGUUAUGAGCAACAUGAGGGUGAGUAAAUUAUGACCGAAUUUUCUUUUUUUUGGUGAACAGUCCUUUUAAGAUGUGUUGGCAGACUAAACACUCUGGUCUGUCUUGCUCUUAAAUAUGAUUGUUUCUUUAUAAUAGUGGUUUAUUUUCAAUUAAAGACACUGUGUCUUUUAUUAUUAUUUCUUUUACCCAUGAUUAUUGUAUGUGUCACAUCCUGCUGAUGGCGCCUUACUGGUCUCUAAGUUGUAAGUUGUAAUCAUCUUUUUCUUAAAUGCAAAACUCUAAUUUGAUUGACUUAAGGUUAUAUAUGUUGCAUAUUAUGCUGUGGUUUAUUAUAAAUAAGACAGGCUGUUUACACCUAGAUGCAUAUAGAUACUCUUUCCUAUACACUAUCCACCUAUUGGCACCUUCAAAUAUAAUUUAUUAUAUUUAUAAUUAGUUUCAAGUUGUUUUAAAUGCUAAGUAUGUAACUAGUGGCACCAAGCAAAAAUUGCAAUCUGUUUGUUUGAUUGGCCUGACAAAGCAACAUUGGUUCAACCUACGCUGUGAGUUUGGGGUGGGACAAACUUUUUUGUCAGAGCAAAGGUAAACUAGUGUUUGAAACUUGUUUGAAAACAGUCAUUUUUGCAGUUCAGUUUGGUGCUACUAGUGGCACAGAAAUUACACACUUUUACCACACUUAAAUGUUUUGUUGCUAUGUUUUCUGCUAUUGAAGCCCUAUGCUUAGGUUCUGGACAUUUUCCCAGUUUUUUUCUGAAGAUUGCAUACCAAUCAGAAGUCAUACUGAUUUACCUUUUUAUCCAAAUCUGAACUUUUUCAGUGGCAGCAAUCAAUAUGUACUUCAUUCUCUACAUUUAACAGUCUAACAAUUUGGUACUGAGGCUGAAAGUUGAAUGUCACUGCUUCAACAUGUGAUUUGUUAUUGAAUAGACAUUGAUCCUCUAGUUUACGUCUAUGGCCAUUUUUCAAUUGCAUGGUAUUUACAUGAGAAUAUGUAAUGAUGCAUAUAGGAACAAUUUACUGUACUUUCCCAGUCUUAUAACAGAAAAUGCAUUCACACUGAGGUAAUCAGGUACAAAGGCAUGCAUUUGCAAGGCAUUAAAGCUAUAUUGUAUAUUUCUAUACUUAGUUUGGUAUUUGUUGAAGCAGUAUCGCACUUCAGCCAAAUCAAAGGAUUAAUCGACCAUAGUCAGGCAUAUUUAGAAUUUUGUCUGAUCCAUUUUUAGUUAUGAUUAGCCUAAUUGUAAGCUAUGAGCACAGAACUUUUAUAAUACUGAAAUUUGAACACGUAUGCACAUGGUCAUGUUAAGCCAGCCGGACACGACCAAAGUAAUGUCAUAUUGUUGCUUUAAAAUGACUAAUUUUUCUGGAGUUAUACAACACAUUCUCUUGGUGUUUUAGAUUAAGCGUUCAUUUUUUUGUUGUUACAUUUAGCAUAUGUUUUGCACUGUUUUGAAAUGUAAUAUUUGUGUCAGUGUCUUAGACUCUGUUAAACAUUAAGUUAGAUUGUAUGUUUACACAAGACUAUGUCUUGUGAUACUUGUAUGGAAUGUUUUAUUUGAUGUUAUUAUGUUUAGUCCAUAAUGUGCUGUACUCUAGAUCUUUGUACAGAGGCAUAUUAAUAUUCAAAUAGCAGCAUGCAUAACUGUGACAUUUCUCAGUAGCAGAAUGCUUUACCAAGGGAGGCUACUGUUAUUUUUUAUUACUAUUGUUGUUACUAUUCAUUUAUUUCACAAAUGCAAUAAAAUAAAUGUCCGUAUAGGACUGCAGUGACGUGUUGGAUAUGAUUAACUGUUUGGUGGAAAACAAUGAAAGGCAUUGCAAACCGCUUUUAUAUUUUUUCAUGUUUCAUAUUUGCCUGGCCUAAUGACAUCACGUGAUAUUGUUCUCAUCCAAAUCAUGUGUUUGAUUUGCAUUCAUAACUCUAAUAACACAUUCAUUCACAAUGUAUACAUCCAAACUCGUUACAUUCAUUUAGUUGGUGCAGUUUUUCAUUGUACUAGAGCAGCAAAAAGAAAAAAAAAGAUCCCUCUACCUGUUUGUGCUUAUGUAAAUGAUUCUGUUUGAAGAUGUUACAAAGAGUAAUUAUUUUAUGUCGGACUAUUUGCUGCUUGCAGGUCUAUAUUAGAUUCAAAUUACUGCUGAGGCUAGGUUAACUUUGAAAUGUUUUGUAAAAAGAGAGAAUAAAGUUUGUUUUUUUUCCCUUGAA